GUGUUGGGUAUAUCGGGAUAUAAGGGAAGGUGGUAGUUGUGCCAAGAUAGGAUUCAUUCCUCGAUUAACAUUUCGAGAAGAACACUCAGUUUCUCUAUAUUACUUGACCGUUAAGUCACUGGCCAGUGCAAUUGAUAUGUUCGAACUUUAAAAGUUGAACAUGAUCGAUGGAGGUCAUUUAAUAAAGAUGAGAUAAAUUGAUUGAGCUAUUGGAAAGACACAAUGACAAAUUCUAGGCUCUAUCGAGUGGUUCGUGAAUGAAAGGAUGUUACUAUAUCUUCGCAUAAAGGUUUUGUUUACAGAAUCCACGUAAACGUUCUUCAUAUAUCGAGUUCGCUACACAACGCAGUCUAGGAGUUUUGUGUAGACUUUAAUUUGAUUAUCGACGAUAAUGGAGGCCUAUUGGGUCACACUUUAUGUGUAUUGUUGAUUCGCUCAAGGGUGCAAAGAUAGUGCUUGGUGUUUAAUCUAAUGCUAGUCCAAGUGGGAGAUUGAAAGUUAUAUGGACUAGAUUAGGAUAUAUUUGAUAUAUUCUAAUAAGCUUUAAUUAAUUAGUAAAUAGUUUGACUAUUGGAUUAAUUAAUUGGAGACAAAAGAAAAGCCCGGCCUGUUUAACUUAGGGUUUACAGGCGUGUCUUAUUCCUAUAAGAAUAGGAAUAUAUUUCUUUUGUCUGUAUGAGAUGAAAACACGUGAGAUACGUAAAAUCACAAGAGAGAAAACACUUAGAGCACUAUAGAAUUCAAUCGGAGAUUUCCUAGCUUUCGAAGAUUGAAUUGUGCAUCGGGAAUUGUUCCUGCAUCGAAUCUGCAAUAUGCGUGGAUACCAUAGUAGUGGAUUCAACUGCAGGAUUGCUAGAAGAAUUGCUACAGGAUUGUUUGCUACACAACAAUUAUCAGCUAGCACAAAGCAUGGAAGCAGCAGCUGCUACCGCCGUCCUUAAAGUUCUAGUUCAAAAACUCAUCGACCUCCCCAUGAAAGAGAUCUCUCAAAUCCGAGGUUUCCGCAAAAAUGCAGAAAAGCUAGCUGGAAGUCUCGACAUGAUCCAGAAAUUCUUGCACAAUGCUGAGAUGCGUGCCAUCACCAGCGAUGCUGCUGUCAAGUGCUGGUUGAAGAAGCUUGAAGACGUGGCGUUCGAUGCUGACAAUGUUUUGGAUGAUAUCAACUAUCAUAUUCUCUCCAAACAAAUUAAGGCCACCAAACCCAUGAAGGCGAAGAUAUUAUCAGGCUUCUCAUCAUCCGUCAAUUCUAUUGCGCGUCCGAGAAAUAUGGCUGUUAGAAUCAAGAAAAUCAAUAAGAAUUUGGAGUCCAUUAAGAAAGAGGCCACCGACCUUGGCCUCGUAGUGAGGCUUGCCAUUGCCAAUGAGCCCACUUUGGUUGAUGCUUCUUUGGAAACUGAUUCAUACACUCGUGAUCCAAUUUUUAUUGGAAGAGAUGAUGCUGUGUCGGAAAUAGUUCGGACGCUUAUAAAUGGCAUCAAAACUGAUGAACGUGCAGUUUCCAUCCUUCCAAUUGUGGGGAUGGGGGGAUUGGGGAAGACGACAUUGACUAGGAAAGUCUUCAAUUGUCUGAAGGAUGAGAGUCGGUUUGGAUCGCAUUUGUGGGUGCAUGUUUCCCCAAAUUUUGAUGCAAUAACUCUUUUCAAGAAAAUUCUCAAUAACUUGACAUCUUGUCAAGUUGAAAUUGCGAGCAGGGAAGAUAUUCUUGCAAAGCUUAAAGAAGCUUUGAAAGAUAAAACUUAUCUUCUUGUGCUUGACGAUGUAUGGAACCAAGAUGGUUUGAAAUGGGAAGAUUUUAUGAAUUCUUUUUCGGGAGUUAGUUGUGUCAAGGGAAAUGCCAUCAUUGUUACUACCAGAAAUAUGGAGGUGGCUUCAAUUGUGAAUACACUUCAUAUACAUGAGUUGAAAGGCUUAUCGAAGGAAGAGUGUUGGUCGAUAAUUAAAGUAAAAGCCUUCGGAAAAAAAGAUGUUCCAUCAGAAUUUAAGGCCAUUGGGAGAAAGAUUGCAAGGAGGUGUCAAGGUUUGCCAUUAGCUGCCAACAUAGUUGGGGGAGUGCUACGCAAUAAAUCCGAGGAGAAAUGGCGUUCAGUCGAGGAGAAAUGGCUUUCAGCCGAUGAAGGAGGAGAUAAUAUCACAAAUAUAUUGAGACUGAGCUUCGAUAAUUUGUCUUUGCCAUCACUUAAGAAGUGCUUAGCAUACUGUGCGAUGUUUCCUAAAGGCUCCAAAAUCAGCAAAUGGAAACUGAUUGAGAUGUGGAUGGCAGAAGGUUUUCUUCAAGCUGAUGAAAGGGAUGAGAUGGAGUCCGUGGGCGAAAAAUUUAUCAACAUUCUUCUGCACAACUCUUUACUACAAGUUUCUAAGAGAGAUGAUGACGGAAAUGUUAAAAAGUGUGGUAUGCAUGAUCUUGUGCACGAUCUCGCUUGUUCUGUUUCAAGCUCCUCUAACAGUACAGGUGGUAGCAGCCGAGUUCGAUACAUGACUCUCGAAGACAACUAUUGUAGCGACGAAUCAAGUGGUAUCCCAAAAGAAAUGGCAAAGUCUUUGCGUACAUUACUAAUAACAUCCAAAGCUGAUAUUUCUGAUAUCAACUUCUCAGACUUGGAAAGUUUGCAUGUUUUACAUCUUCACUCUGAAGUUCUAAACGAGCUGCCAAGUUCGAUUCGGAAGUUGAUACAUUUGAGAGAUUUUGAUAUUUCAAAGACAAGAAUUGAAGUUUUGCCGGAUUGGAUUGGUGAAUUCUUUCACUUGCAGACGUUGAGAGUAGAGGCAGGAUGGUUGAGAAAACUGCCAAGUACGAUUAAGUACUUGAUUAACUUGAGGCAUCUUUAUAUUGACUGGAGGGUAGAGUUGCCUAUGGGAAUUGGGAGAUUAACUUCUCUCCAAACGCUAACGCACUUUCCAGUGGGCGAUGAGAAUGGCUGCAAAAUUGAAGAGCUCGGAAGUUUGAAUAAUCUUAAAGGAGAGGUAAGGAUUUGGAAACUCGAAAGGGUUCAUGACAAGGAAGAGGCUGGGAAAGCCAAUUUAUUCAAAAAGUCAAAAAUAUUGAAGUUGUGUAUGAAAUGGGAUCCGAGAAGAGAAGGUGAAAGAAAUGAUGAGGAUGUAUUGGAAGGCCUUCAACCUCACUCACAUCUGAGGGAGUUAGUGAUUGAUGAAUUCAAUGGAAAAAGAUUUCCAUUAUGGACUCGGAAGAUGGCAGUUCGACAUAUGCCCGGAGGCUCUUGGGUGGUGCUUAACAAUUUAAUGUCGUUAUCACUCAUUCGCUGCAGAGAAUUUGAAGAGAUCCCAAUGUUGGGGCACUUGCCAAAUCUCAAGUCCCUUCAGUUGCAUGAAUUGAGUAAUUUGAAGUAUAUAAAUUCAUCAUUCUACGGAAUGGUGAACAAGGACACACGCAUUGUUUUUCCAGCUCUCGAGAAGUUCACAUUGGAAGACAUGCCUAUGCUGGCAGAGUGGGCAGAAAUAGAAAUUUCGGAUGGAAGUGAAGUGAAGCUAUUUCCUCGCCUCCGAUAUUUGGAAAUUGAGAAUUGCAAGCAAUUGAUGAGUGUUCCAAGUCAUGUCUCGUCAUGCCUUGAAGAAUUGAGUAUUGUUAAGAUUGGUGUGGAAUGUCUGUCAGCUGAUUGGUUAUUGAGUAACAGCGAGACUCUCUCAAAUUUGACUAUAAGUUACUGCACGAAUUUGAGAGAAAUACUAUCAAAUAGGUGGGGAGAAGAAGAAUCAGAAGGAAGAAGCUUCAGAAUCACAUCCCUCCCUAUAUUCCCUCGUCUAAAAGAUUUGUAUAUUCUACACGUUCCUAAGUUAAGUUUGGAGACUGUGGAUGCAAUGCGGCGCCUCCAAAUUGAUGGCUACAAACGCAUUGACCCGUGACGGUCACGGUGUCGUUAAUUUGAUUCUGAUGAAAGUGAAGAGGUCUAGUGAAGAAGGAAUAAGAAUAGGAGAGCCUUUGAAGAGCUUGGAGGCGAGGUAGCCUCAACUAGAGGCGCCAACGAGCUUGCUCGUGGGGACGAACGACGACAGUGUAGUCAUUGACUGUGAAGAGAAGGAUGAUGACAAAAAUUCAGACAACAAUGUUGAAGAUGUGAAGAUAGUGAAACAAGAGGAUUCAGCAGCUGUGGAAGUUGAAUCCAGUCCCAGCAAAAAGGGAGGUAGCCAGCUUUUUCCAUUUCUUGAUGAAUGAUUAAUGCCUAUUUCUUAUGUUUGAAUAUUGAGGCAUGCUAGCUUGAAUUUGAUGAAAUGAUGUUGGGGGUUGUAUCAGUUAUAUCUAUAUAGUAUAUGUUUUCAUGGUGCAACUAUUAAAGAAGGCAAAUGGUGAAGACAAGAAACAAACAUGGUUGAAUCAUCAAGCAUGUGUUGAUAAAGAAGGAAUGAAGAUUCACAUCUUCUCCAUCUUCAAUGUUUGAGCAAUCUUAUUAGACAAACAAUAUGCCGUUGAUUGAAUGGUGAUCAUUGGAUUAACAGCAACAGCUCCCGGCAGCACACUCGCAUGAUGCCUCCCAACUCUCCCCAUUCUCAUCAACUGCUCCUUCCUCUUAAUCCACCCCCAUUUUGCAGCUCCCCAUUCUGAUGCGCCGAGCAAUACGUCGUCCACGCCCUCGCCCUCGCCCUCGGCUCCUCCCCCGUCGAGGAACUCCUCCACCUCCCUCUCCCCGACCCCCUCGCACCUCAGCCUCUGCCCGUCGCUCUGAUGCGUGCCCACCUCGACCGCCCCGGCCCCCACCAGUAUCCUCAGCAAUGAUGGUUUAUGCAAAAAUGGCAAACGUGAUGUUGCAAGAGAUCUUUUGAGGGAACUUCCUUCUAAUGGUUUGCAACCUAAUGUUUGGAUAUAUAAUAUGAUCCUUCAUUCACUUUGUCAAGAAGGAUCUAUGGAGGAGGUAGAACGUUUGCUUGUAGAGAUGAAGAAUCGUGUGACAUACAACAUGUGUGAAUUUUAUGAAUGGAUAUUUGUUUGCAAAAAGUUGUUGUAUUUGGAUGAGCUCACUGCAUUUUUAUAUUCAGAAUUCAUAUGUAUUUUGUCUUUAAAAGGAUUAAACAUUUUGUGCCUAUAUAUUACGUUGAAGCCAGAAAUUAAUUACUAAUUCAUAA